AUGUAUGCGACGAUCACUCUGAUCAUUUGGUCGUUUGCAUUAUCUUGGCAUGUUUUGCCAAGUGUCUUUGCACAUAACUGUCGUCAGAUUGCACUAGUCAGUUGGGCCGAUACCACUAAGCCCGAUUAUGCAUUGCUAAAGGUCGUCUGUCACGAUAACACAGAGGCUGCCCCGGCCGACAAAAAGAAUAAUCCAAAGGCAAAAGGCAUGACAGACAUAAACGCCCAAGCUGAACAUUAUGUAAACAUUACGCUUACUGAUAUCACAAAUGCAGACUCCACAGGCUGUCUGAAUCUUCAGAACUACCCAGCGAUCCGGAAUUCACUCUAUAAUGUCGGAAGCAAUUAUAAGCACUAUGUUCGAAUCGACACGUACAAGGCCGACAAUGGCACGUGCUACUAUCCCGUGAAUCUGGCGAUACUAUCUCGGGUUCACAAAGAUAGGGGUUGCGACUGGUCAGCUGUCGAGAGCAAUCUAAUGGCAAAUGCCAUUUUCCAGGAUUCUGGAACGGUCUUUCCAAGAUACAAAGUAGCUGGAGAUCCCUUCUUCUACACCUGGGUCUUUGAUGACGAUUUUCCAAAUACGCAUGUGGACGCCCUCAACACAGAUGUGCGUUGCAGUAAGAAGUGA